AUGAUGGUUUCUUAUAAACUAUUAUCGUUGAUUACAUUGUUAUUUGUUGCUCAAUGUACCACAGGUUUACUCAAACAAGAUGAUUAUGUAGUAAGACCUGAUCUGUUGCCUGGUAUAUCCUCUAUUAAGGAUAAAGCAUUAAUUCCUAAAAUGUAUGCAGGUCAUAUACCAUUGAACCUACAAAAGACUACCGAUGAGAACGAAAAUACAGAUGAAUCUGAUUCAAAUUCAAAUACAAAUUAUUUUUUUUGGAAGUUUCAACAUCAGUCCGUUGAAUCCCCAAAUUUAAUUUUUUGGUUAAAUGGUGGUCCUGGUUGUUCUUCAAUGGAUGGUGCUCUGGUUGAAACUGGUCCAUUUAGAGUUGAUAAGAACGGUAAACUAUACCCAAACGAAGGAUCUUGGCAUAGCAGAGGUGAUUUAGUCUAUAUCGAUCAACCAAUUGGCACCGGACUUUCUACUUCUGCAGCCAUUCCAAAUCUAUUGGAUGACUUGAAGGAGGUUUCUGAUAAUUUCAUCUUAUUUUUGGAAAAUUAUUUCACAAUUUUCCCAAAUGAUUUAGAUAAGGAUAUAAUUAUUGCUGGUGAAAGUUAUGCCGGUCAAUAUAUUCCAUUUUUUGCAAAGGCAAUCAAAGAAUAUAACCAAAAAAUUUCAGAUAAUAAGAAAAAAAUCAAUUUGAGAAUGUUACUAAUUGGUAACGGCUGGAUCGAUCCUAUCACUCAGUCUCUUUCUUAUUUGCCUUUUGCUAUUGAAAAAAAUUUGGUUGGCAAAGAUACUCCAGACUUUGAAACUUUAUUGAAAGCUCAUGAAAAAUGCCAAAAUAAAAUUAACUCAAUCAGUGAAGACGAUAAUUCAUUUAGUCACGAAGAAUGUGAAUCCAUUAUCAACAUGUUAGUAUCGGUUACAAAGGAUAACUCCCCUAAUGUUAAAUCAAAUGAAGUUUGUAUUAAUAUCUAUGAUUUUAAUUUAAGAGAUUCUUUCCCAGCAUGUGGUGCAAAUUGGCCAAUUGAUGUUUCUCAUGUUGCAAAGUUUUUUUCAACUCCGGGUGUAAUUGAAGCUCUAAAUUUAAAUGCUGAAGAAGUCCCAAGAUGGAAGGAAUGUAAUUACGAUGUUUUGAAUCAUUUAACUAAUCCUGUAUCAAAGCCAUCUGUAAGAUUAUUACCCGAACUUUUGGAAUCUGGAAUUGAAAUUAUUUUAUUCAAUGGUGAAAAUGAUUUAGUUUGUAACAAUAAGGGUAUUACUGAUAUGAUUUCCAAAUUAACCUGGAAUGGUGCUACCGGAUUCUCUGACAAAGUUCAAAAAUAUGAAUGGUUAUUUAGAGAUUUAACCAAAGAUACUGAGGAACCAGCAGGGACCGUUACCUUUGAUAGAAAUUUGACAUUUAUCAGUGUAUACAAUGCUUCUCACAUGGUUGCAUACGACAAAAGUAUUGUAGCCAGAGGUAUUUUAGAUAUCUAUCUAGACAAUGUCAUGCUGGUUGAAAAAGAAACCGAUUCUCCCGAUGUUUUGAUUAGUACUAAUGAACCAACAUUUAGUGAUAUCGAAGAAGAAGAGUUAGAUGGUGAAAAGGAAGACGAAAAAGAUGGGGUCACUGAGGGCGAUGGAGAAAAAAGUGAUACUGACGAAGGAAAAGACACCGAUAAGGGGAAGGAUGAAAAGAACGAUGAUGAUGACGAUGAUGACGAUGACAGUGACGAUGAUAGUGACGAUGACGAUGACGAUGACGAUGACGAUGACGAUGACGAUGACGAUGAUGAUGACAGUGACGAUGACGAUGACGAUGAUGAUGACAGUGACGAUAACGAGAAGGAUGAUAAAUCUGAAAGUGAAACCAAAACACAUCCUAAAGCUAAGAUAGCUCUGUUACUAUUAUUAUUCAUUUCUGUAUUUGGUAUAACAGGUUCUCAAGCUCUACGUCAACGUAAUUUCCAGUUCAGAAGAGCACCACUUACCUCAAAUUCUUUUUCAUCUUCCAGUUCUCCUAAUGACCCUAGUAAUUGGGAUAGUAAUGAUGAUUUUGAUUUUGAUAUUGAAAACGAUCCAUUACCAAGUACGAACAAUAAACAUAAAGCAGCAAAGAAGAAAAAAGACUAUGUUAGCAUCCCAUCAGAUAUUGAUGAGUCAUUCGAAUUAGCCGAAAUUUAG